AUGCAGGUAUUCUCCCGUACUGAGCCACUGGAGUGCACUGGGUGUGGACAGAGCCAAACUGGCAAAGCUGCAGCGGAGCGAGAGAUCCCCGCGGCAGCGGGCGAUGAAUGUGACCCGGACAAGGCUGCAGUUGUUGAGUUUAAAAAUGAAGCUUCUAGUUACCUGAAGGAGUUCCGCACGGAGCAGUGCCCUCUCUUUGUGCAGCACAAGUGCACUCAGCACCGGCCCUACACUUGCUUCCACUGGCACUUUGUCAACCAGCGUCGUCGCAGAUCUAUCCGCCGCCGGGAUGGUACAUUUAACUACAGCCCUGACAUUUACUGUACCAAGUAUGACGAGACCACAGGAAUCUGCCCAGAAGGAGAUGAGUGUCCCUUCUUGCAUAGAACUACUGGAGACACAGAGAGGAGGUAUCACUUGCGCUACUACAAAACUGGAAUCUGCAUUCAUGAGACAGACUCCAAGGGAAACUGCACGAAGAACGGAGUCCACUGCGCGUUUGCUCACGGGCCCCAUGACCUACGCUCUCCGGUGUACGACAUCAGGGAGCUUCAGGCAAUGGAGGCUUUGCAGAAUGGUCAGACUACAUCAGAAGGUGGCAUAGAGGGUCAGUCUGCAGUCGCUGCUAGCCAUGCUAUGAUAGAGAAAAUACUCAGUGAGGAGCCAAGGUGGCAAGAUACAACAUAUGUGUUGGGAAACUACAAGACAGAGCAAUGUAAGAAACCCCCCCGUCUCUGUCGCCAGGGUUAUGCCUGUCCCUACUACCACAAUAGCAAAGACAGAAGAAGAAGCCCAAGAAAACACAAAUACAGAUCUUCACCGUGUCCCAGUGUGAAACAUGGAGACGAGUGGGGAGAUCCCAGUAAGUGUGAAAAUGGAGACUCAUGCCAAUACUGCCACACUCGCACAGAACAGCAGUUCCAUCCAGAGAUCUACAGAUCCACCAAGUGCAAUGAUAUGCAGCAGUCUGGCAGCUGUCCCCGAGGACCCUUCUGUGCCUUUGCACAUGUAGAACAGCCUGCGCUCAGUGAAGAUUUACAGCAGUCCUCAGCUGUGUCUAGCCCAACACAGACAGGCCCUGUGAUGUAUAUGCCAUCAGCAGCUGGUGAUUCUGUUCCAGUCAGCCCUUCCAGUCCGCAUGCCCCAGACCUUAGCAAUGUGUGGAAUAAAUCAGGAACUCUGCCAACUAGCCCCACCUCCACCACAAUUCUUUGUAGGAACAGCAGUCUCGGAAGCCCAUCUAAUAUAUGUGGGUCUCCUCCUGGUGCCAUUGGAAAGCCACACAGCUUGGAGACCAUUGGUUUUCCUCCAGACUCAGUAACAGCAGCCAGCAGCUACAAGAAAGCACCGGGGUUUGAGCGAGAAGAUCAGGUGGGGGCCGAGUAUUUGAAGAGUUUCAAAUGCCAGCAAGCAAAACUGAAGUCCCAUUCCCUGGAACACAGGAGCCAGGAGCAACCUUUGUUACAGCCCAAACAGGACAUACUGGGUAUUCUCCCAGUGGGGAGCCCACUGACAUCCAGCAUCUCCUCUAGUAUCACCUCCAGUCUGGCUGCAACGCCACCAAGCCCUGCCGGCACCAGCAGCAUACCAGGCAUGAAUGCCAAUGCCCUUCCUUUCUACCCAACCAGUGACACCGUUGAGUCUGUCAUAGAGUCUGCCUUGGAUGACCUGGACCUGAAUGAAUUCGGAGUGGCUGCCCUGGAGAAGACAUUUGACAGCAGCACAGUGCCCCACACGAGUGGCAUCAUGAUAGGUGGGAGUUUGCUGCAAAGUUCUGCUCCUGUAAAUAUCCCCGGGUCCCUUGGAAGCUCUGCCUCCUUUCACUCUGCCUCUCCUUCUCCACCGGUCAGCCUCUCAUCGCAUUUCCUCCAUCAGCCCCAGGGACACUUAAGCCAAUCAGAAAACACAUUCCUGGGGACAUCAGCUUCUCAUGGAUCAUUAGGUUUAAAUGGGAUGAACAGCAGCAUAUGGGAACACUUUGCUUCGGGGAGUUUUUCGCCCAGUACCUCACCUGCAUUUCUGUCAGGUCCAGGUGCUGCGGAGCUGGCACGGCUACGACAAGAACUGGAUGAAGCCAACGGCACAAUAAAGCAGUGGGAAGAGUCUUGGAAACAAGCCAAACAGGCUUGUGAUGCUUGGAAAAAGGAGGCAGAGGAAGCAAAUGAUCGCGCCAACACAGCUAACAUGGAAUGUGAACUGGCCCGUGAGCAGAGGGAAGCCUUGGAGCUGCAAGUGAAGAAACUGCAGGAGGAGCUGGAGAGGAUCCACACGGGCCAGGACCCUCAGUUUCUGCGCUCCUUCUCUGACCUGGAAACCCUCUCGCUCUCUUCGCUUUACACGCUUCAGAAACAGCUGCGGGCAAACCUGGAGAAGGUCGAUAAGGCGGUAUUUCAGAUGCAGUCAGUGAAAUGCCUUAAGUGUCAGAAGGAGAACCGGGUGGUGUUACCGUGCCAACACGCAGUGCUGUGUGAAACGUGCGCCGAGGAGGCCGAGUGCCCCAUCUGCCAUCCCAACAGGCCCCACCCUCUCCAGUCGUGACCUUCCAAGGACACUUGUUCUAAUCAUAUCGUAUAGAACUUUUUAACUUUAUACAUACGUACAUAUAUAUGUAUGUGUACAUAUAUAUAUGUAUGUGUAUAUAUAUAUAUGUAUAUGUGUGUGUGUAUGUGCAUGUCUGUGUAUGUGUGUAUAUAUAUGCACACACAAGCACAUACACACACAAAACAAAAAUUAGUUGCAGAGCACUUUUUAAUAUUUUACAUCCCGUAUCUAAACUGCCCCUCACCCGUGCCCCACUAAUUCUAACUCUUG